GCGCGCUUGUGGCACCACAUCUGCGGAGUGCCACGAUUUCUCCCAAAGCCGAGUAAAUAGCGCUUUAUUCCCCCUCGGCGCGUUUCGGUGAGCGGCGAGAGGGGGGUCGUACCGUUCCUGAGUCCGGAAGAAACGAGGACGGGCCCCGGGGGGGUAGGGGGGACGCGAACGCCUCCGUCCGUUUUGUCCUACAAAGGCGCCGGGAGUCUGACAGCGGCCGGGGGGCGCAAGGCCGGACGUUAGAGAAACCGUCCGGGAGAAUAGAUGAGAGACUAAAGGAGGAGCCCCCCCGUCUCCGCAACAAAAAGAAAACACCCGCAAAAACCAACCAAAAUGAGGAAGGACGUGAGGAUACUGCUCGUAGGGGAACCCAAGGUGGGCAAGACGUCGCUGAUCAUGUCACUGGUCAGUGAGGAGUUUCCUGACGAGGUUCCCCUCCGUGCCGAGGAGAUCACCAUUCCAGCCGAUGUCACACCAGAGAGGGUCCCCACACACAUAGUCGACUACUCGGAGGCAGAGCAGUCAGAUGAGCAACUGUAUCAAGAAAUUUCCAAGGCAAAUGUUAUCUGUAUAGUCUAUUCUGUCAACAACAAGAAGUCGAUUGAGAAAGUGACAAGCCAUUGGAUUCCCCUCAUAAACGACAGGACAGACAAGGACAGCAGGGUACCGCUGAUCCUUGUGGGAAAUAAGUCGGACCUUGUGGAGCACAGCAGCAUGGAGACCAUCCUGCCUAUUAUGAAUCAGUACCAGGAUAUUGAGACCUGUGUGGAGUGCUCUGCCAAAAACCUGAAGAACAUCUCUGAGCUGUUCUACUAUGCCCAGAAAGCUGUUCUCCACCCCACAGGACCGCUCUACUGCCCAGAGGAGAAGGAGAUGAAGCCGUCAUGCGUCAAGUCACUGACUCGAAUCUUCAAAGUGUCUGACCUGGACAACGACGGAGUUCUCAAUGACAACGAGCUGAAUUUCUUCCAGAGGACAUGUUUCAAUACGCCACUGGCGCCUCAGGCCUUAGAGGACGUUAAAAAUGUUGUGAGGAGAAACAUGACUGACGGAGUGAAGGACAAUGGACUCACACUGAAAGGCUUCUUGUUUCUCCACACACUCUUCAUCCAGAGGGGCCGUCACGAGACCACCUGGACCGUGCUGAGGAGGUUUGGCUACGACGAUGACCUGGAGCUCACACAAGACUACUUGUUCCCGCUGAUUAAGAUACCCCCAGACUGCACCACGGAGUUCAACCACAACGCGUACCUCUUUCUGCAGAGUGUCUUUGACAAGCACGACAAAGACAGAGACUGUGCACUGUCACCAGAGGAGGUGAAGGACCUGUUUAAAGUUUUCCCCUACAUGCCCUGGGGUCCAGAUGUCAACAACACGGUGUGCACCAAUGACCAGGGUUGGAUCACCUACCAGGGAUACCUCUCGCAGUGGACGUUAACAACCUACCUAGAUGUACAGCGUAGUUUGGAGUACUUGGGCUACCUGGGCUACUCCAUCAUCUAUGAACAGGAGUCUCAAGCAGCAGCCAUUACAGUGACACGUAACAAACGCAUCGACCUGCAGAAGAAACAGACCCAGCGCAGUGUCUUCUGUUGCAACAUCCUGGGGGCGCGUGGCAGUGGGAAGAGUGGCUUCCUCCAAGCCUUCCUGGGCAGGAAUCUGCAGCGACAGAGGAGGAUCAGAGAAGACCACAAGUCUUUCUACGCCAUCAGCACCACCUAUGUCUAUGGGCAGGAGAAGUACCUGCUGCUCCACGAGGUGAUGCCAGAUUUUGACUUCCUGUCAGAGGCAGACCUAGCAUGCGACGUAGUCUGCCUGGUGUAUGACGUCAACAACCCUCACUCUUUCGAAUACUGCGCCAGGGUCUAUAAGCAAUUCUUUAUGGACAGCAAGACGCCAUGCAUGCUUAUUGCCGCCAAGUCAGACUUGCAUGAAGUGCGCCAGCAGUACAGCCUCUUGCCAUUGGAAUUCUGCCGGAAGCACAAACUGCACCCACCACAUCCAUUCACCUGCAACACAACCGACGCGCCCAACAAAGACAUCUACACCAAACUCACCACCAUGGCCAUGUAUCCCCAUGCCCGUCUUCACUGCACGUGCGCCUGCAACAGGUGCACCUAUUGCCUGUGUCAGAACAUCCUCAAGUCGGAACUCCUGCGCCGUAUUAAGGCCCAGCUCCACAGGGUCAUUUUCAACAGGCACAUGGCUCAGGCAGACCUGAAGAACUCCACGUUUUGGCUGAGAGCCAGCGUCGGUGCCACAGUGUUUGCUGUUCUCGGUUUCGCCAUGUACAAAGCGCUUCUCAAGCAGCGAUGAUUGGCCAACUGAAAGCAUGAGAUGACACAUCCCCCCCCCCCCAAGACCAACCCUCCUUCCCACUCCCAGUGUCCUCUCUGCCUGCCCCCCACCUACCCGAAAGACUGAAGAUCAACCAACCAAAUAGCCCACCCACACCCCUCAUUUCCUGGCAUUAUCGAAAAGAACCAACACUGGACCUGCAGACACAGCUCAUGUAGAUUCUGGAGAUCCAGACUGCCUUUUCUUCCAGUUAAGUUUCUCUCUGGGUUAUCUAAGGGGAGGAGGUUGGUUUGUUUUUUAAAAAAUCACACCUGUCAAUCAAACGUAACUGCAGGCAUCCUGGCACCCGUUGUUCUGGCCUAGUCUGGGUCGGACAGCGGCGCCCGCUGGUUGUUUUUAACAGAUCAUUGUGACCCGGUCCGUUUUGUUUCUCGGGUCAGUGGUAUCGUUGUGACCCGGUCCGUUUUGUUUCUCGGGUCGGUGGUACCGGCCGCACGGUGAGAGACGAGACAGGCUCACACAGAAGGGGUUUAAAAAGCAAUCUGCUUGUAGAUAUGUGCAUAUACAGGAAAUCUAUAUAUAUUCUGUGGGGGUUUUUUUUAGAAUAAGACCCCCAUCCCCCCCAUCCGUUUGAGAUCAGGAGCCCGAGGUAGUGUUUGCCACAGUGACUUGCAGUGCAGCUCUUCACACCAUGCCUACAAGAGUUACAACAACAAAAAAAAAGCCAUUUUAACACCAGAAGGGUCUUUGGUGUCCACGUUUUUUUUUCUCAUUAAUUUAUUAACCUGAUUUUUCUCUCGUAAGCUUUUUUUUUGUGUGUGUCUGUUUUGAGCGGCGUCCUGAGCACCGCAUGAGACAUUUAAGGGGAAUUGUGUUUUCAUGUAUUUUUUGUAUCUGGUAUUAUCAACGCUGUUGUCAUCAUGAUGUGUAUCACGACUGUCUGCUUCCGUUCUUAUUUUCUGGUUUUCGAAUAGCGCUUCGUCCCUCAUAUUCUAUUUUUAUGAAUUUAGAGACGCCACAAAGCUAGAAAUCAUGCUAUUAUUAACAACAGCCUUUCAACGCACCUGUCCCACCUUAAAACUGCAGAAAUAUUUCUUCUCAUUGACUUUUCCAGCAUUUUCAAUAAAGAAGUGUGUG